UUCUGGACAAGUUCUACACGGAAUUCGCGGAUCGAGCGUCUAUGGGUUGAAGUUGGCACGCAGUUUGCUAGGAGGUGGAGAGCAUUUUUCACUCGACUUGAAAACCAUCACGGGCUCAACCCUCACAGCCCUAGUCAUAUCUGGUUGCUCCAGACUCUGUUCCUCGAUGAAAUCAAUCAAGAUUGUUCGGAUUUCUGGGCGGAAUGGAACUGUCAUCCGAUACGUGGUCCUGAUACAAAUGAUAAGAGCCCUAAGGUAAAUGCGUCGUUUUACAUUUAUGUGACCCUGACAAAUUAUCUCAUUGUGACCCAGGAUUUACGUUUUUUUAGGUCAAAUGCAGUUUGGCGUGUAUCGAGACGACUGUGA